AUGGUAGGCCAGGGGGAUUGUUCUUGGGUUGAAACCGUAGGCUUAGCGGGUGAAUUUAAUUGGGCUGGCAACCCAGAACUGAAUAGGACCCAAAAUUUAUCAAAGCACCACACGAAUCCACGUAAGCGCCGAGCUUAUCGACCGUUAGAUGCAAAAUCAACGAUUAUGAUUUCAUUCAUGGACCGAAGCUUGCAAAGCGAGGGGUUCUCCUCAGAGUUCAUUUCAAAGAUGGAUUGGCAAGGCCAAAAGCUAGCUGAGCAGUUGAUGCAGAUACUGCUGUUGGUGUUCGCGGUGGUGGGUUUCUUCACUGGUUACAUAACUGGGUCGUUCCAGAUGAUGGUUCUCACAUACGCUGGUGGUGUGGUUCUCACCACAUUGGUCACUGUCCCCAACUGGCCUUUCUUCAAUCGCAACCCGCUCAAGUGGUUGGACCCGAGCGAAGCCGAGAAGCAUCCCAAGCCGCAGCCACAGCCACAGCAGCCUGUGAGUUCAAAGAAGAAAGCCUCCAAGAAGUAA